AUGACUAUUGAAGCGAAGACGAAAAAAGUUAUCACAGUAUUUGGAGGGACUGGUAAUAACCUUCCUAAAGCUGCACGAAGUUAUUCAAAGCUGACCGAUACAGGAAACCAGGGAAGUAGUGUGGCACGUUCCCUACUGGCGCACAAGGAUAAUAUUUUUCACGUCCGUGUUGUCACGAGAGACCCUCAAUCCGAGAAAGCGCAAGCUAUUGCCUCGCUUGGGGCAGAGCUAGUUCAGGCAGAUGGACUUAACUCAGUCGAAAUGGCCAAUGCCUUCGCUGGCAGUUGGGGGGUUUUUAUCAACACCAAUUCCGAUGAUGAGGCUUUGAAGUCAUUAGAUGGCCCCAGUGACUAUGACCUUGGAGUGUCGGUAAUCGAUGCUGCGGAGAAAGCAGGCGUUCAGCAUGUGGUCUAUAGCUCUGGACCAUCCAUCACAAAUGCCACAAAGGGCAGAAUGCACAUCGAAGGGUUUGAGACCAAAUACCACGUUGAACAAUAUGGGCGCAAGAAAGCAUUUGCCAGCUUCACUCCCAUCCUGUGCGCCUCAUUCAUGGAAUGCUUCUUCUACGAUCCAUUCGUGGAUGCUUUCGGUGGUUUCCCUUGGAAUCCUGACCCGGAGACAAAUGAAUUGGUCUUUCGAACCCCGCCAUAUGGUGGCAAGGGUGAUAUGCCCUGGGUUAGUUGUGAGGUCGACCUCGGGGAUAUCGUGCAUGGCAUCUUCUUGAACCCGUCCAGAUACCAUCAGGUCCUGGUUCAAGCAACUAGUCAACAGAUUGCAAUGCGUGACGUAGCAGAGGCAUACACACAAGCCACUGGCAUUCCUGCUCGAUACGAGGAGAUGCCAUCCUGGUCCAGUAUUAAGCUCAAUGGUACGAGGUGCCGAAUCGAAACGCGCCAAAUGUUCUGGUACAUGAACUCUUGUGGUGGCCGGUGGUUUGCCGAGCAUGAGAGCGACAUGUCGACCGCGACAGUCUUGAAAGACUCAGCAAUGUCGGCUCGGGGCCAGAAUGGAGGUCUCACUACAUUUCAGACCUGGUUUAAGAAGGCGCAUGUCCUCAAAGCCCACAAUGUUUGA